CCCUGGGCUCCGGGGUCAAGCGGCCCGGAGCUAGUGCCCGGCUGUCCGGCGAGCGCGUAGGCUGCUGCCGGGCGCGCCGAGCGAGAGGAACGCGGUCUUCCGGGAGUACCAGGGCCGGAUCCGGCGGCGGCCGGGCGAGGCAUGUCCCCGGGGCCGCGCGGCGAGCCGUGAAGAGCGCCGGGCGGGAUGGGCCGGCGCCGGGCGCCAGAGCUGUACCGGGCCCCGUUCCCGUUGUACGCGCUCCAGGUGGACGCCGGCGCGGGGCUGCUCAUCGCUGCGGGCGGAGGGGGCGCCGCCAAGACUGGCAUCAAGAAUGGCGUGCACUUCCUGCGGCUAGAACGGAUUCAUGGGCGCCUGAGCGCCUCCUUGCUACACACGCAUGACACAGAGACGCGGGCCACCAUGAACCUGGCCCUGGCUGGUGACAUCCUUGCUGCAGGGCAGGACGCCCACUGUCAGCUCCUGCGCUUCCAGACCCAUCAGCAGCAAGGCAGCAGCAAGGCAGAGAAGGCAGCAGGUUCCAAGGACCAGGGACCGCGGCAGAGGAAGGGAGCAGCCCCUGCCGAGCAGAAACCGGCAGUGGAGACCCAGCGGGAGGGGGUGGAACUCCGGGUGGAGAAUCUGCAGGCAGUGCAGACAGACUUCAGCACUGAGCCUCUGCAGAAAGUGGUGUGCUUCAGCCAUGACAACACCCUGCUUGCCACGGGAGGCACGGAUGGCUACAUUAGGGUCUGGAAGGUACCUAGCCUAAAGAAAGUUCUGGAGUUCAAAGCCCACGAGGGGGACAUUGAAGACCUGGCUUUGGGGCCUGAUGGCAAGUUGGUGUCUGUGGGCUGGGAUCUUAAGGCCUCUGUGUGGCAGAAGGACCAGCUGGUGACACAGCUGCACUGGCAAGAGAACGGACCCACCUUUUCCAACACACCUUACCGCUACCAGGCCUGCAGGUUCGGGCAGGUUCCAGACCAGCCCACUAGGCUGCGACUCUUCACUGUACAGAUUCCCCACAAGCGCCUGCGCCAGCCUCCACCCUGUUACCUCACAGCCUGGGAUGGUUCUACCUUCUUGCCCCUUCAGACCAAGCCCUGUGGCCACGAAGUCAUCUCUUGCCUCAGUGUCAGUGAGUCCGGCACCUUCCUGGGCCUGGGCACGGUCACUGGCUCUGUUGCCAUCUAUAUUGCCUUCUCUCUCCAGCGCCUCUACUAUGUGCGGGAGGCCCACGGCAUUGUGGUGACUGAUGUGGCCUUCCUCCCGGAGAAGGGGCGUGGCCCGGAGCUCCUUGGCACCCACGAAACGGCCCUGUUCUCUGUGGCUGUGGACAGUCGUUGCCAACUGCACCUGCUGCCAUCUCGACGGAGCGUCCCCGUGUGGCUGCUGCUGCUGCUCUGUGUUGGGCUCAUUGUUGUGACCAUCCUGCUGCUCCAGAGCGCCUUCCCGGGCUUCCUCUAGCUCCUCCUCCCCUGAGGUCACGGGCCUCGCCCCCGGCUACACAGGUGUGGAGGCGUGGGCCCCACUGGGCACUCCAUUUCGGGUCCCAGUCGAGGCUGCCCCUGCUGAGGCUGCCGGGCCCUGGGAGCCCUACAGCCCUCGCCUGUGCACUCACGGAGGACAGUGGCAUCUGAAGCCCCAGACACACCACCUGCCUUGUUCCCUCUGCCUUCCGAGACUUCCGACUUGAGCUUGUCCUAUCUCCAGAAGUAUGUGAAGAAGCCCAAGACCCUGCGGAAGCAGCUAUCCUUCCUGAAGAAGUCCCCCAUUUCUCCUCCUUCUCUUCCCCCUCCCAGCCUAAUGGCCAGUGGCUCUUCUCGUGGAGACCCUGGUGUCUGCUGGGGAAGGAAAAACCAGGAGGGAUCCAGGGCUUGCACUGCAUGGUUCUAAGCCAGCCAGGCCAGAUAUGCAGUAAGUUCCUGGGGAGUCUGCCCGGCCUUGGAGAAGGGGAGAAGGAACCUGAGCCCAUUGGGCGGACAACAUUAUUUAAUAAAAAAGAGCAGACUGAACGGA